AUUUAUUAUACUAUAAGGAGUAAAGUAAAAUAAAUAAAAUCGAUAUCUAUCCAUAUUUUAGAAAACGCAAACUAUUUAAAAGAUUAAUACCCAUUAUAUCAUAAUUUCAUUAGAAUGAGCAGUUAGGUAGAUUAAGAUAUCUAAGAGAAUGGCAUUCACAGCAAUAUUAAAGAAGAUUCAUUAAUUGGAUAAGAGUAGAAUUAAAACCAGUAAUAAAACAUAGGAUAAGCAUCAGAAUCGUAGUAUAAGUAGAAUUUUAUUUAAGAAAAGCUUGAUUUAUACUCAGAAAAAGGAGAAUCAAAUCAAAAUACAGUGACUCUAAAUACUAGCACUUUAGAAAAUCAAAAUCAAUUUAUACCCUAAUAAAAUAUCAACGAAUUAGCAGAUAAUACUAAUGAAGCAUCCUCCUAAUUGUAGGCAUCAUAGAUGUAAUAGUAUAUUAAGUAAAUGGCCAGUUAAAAUGUAGCUUAAUUAGGAAAUCAUAGUCAAGAUAGUUAAAAUUCUCCUCAUAAUGCAAAUUAACAAAAAAGUUCUAUUGAUGCAGUAAGUCUAAGAAACAACACAGAUAAUAGUAUUUAAUGCAGACACGAUGAAGUAGAACAGCAAAGUAUUAAUGGAGAAGAUAAAAUUCAGAAUGUUUUAGAGAUUGAAAAAGUGAAAGUUUAUAGUUCACAUGAAAUUUAAAAUAAUGAAUAAUUUGUAGUCAACUAAGAAAAGCAAGUUGAAGAAUAAAAUAAAUACAAAUAGCAAGUAGCAUUUUUAAGCGAAAAAUAAAAACAAUAAUAGAAAUAAUAGCAAUUUUAGCCACAACAAUUACUUGAAGCAUAGAAUUAAUAGUAAUUAGCCCUUUAAAAUAAGUAAUUUGCAGGGCUAGUAACUCCAUCUGCAAGAGCUAGUGGCAAUUACAUAGAUGAAAAAUCUCCUUCAAAUACAUAGAAUGAUAACUCAAGCCGUUCAUAACCAAAGCAAGCAAAUUAUGAAACCUAUUCUUAAAACAAUAAUUUUGAAGAAACAGCAUAAAAUUAUGAUUAUUCAAACACUGACUGCUAUUAAAUAACACCAAUUUAAAUUACUAAAAAAGGAAGAUAAAAUUAAGAUGCUUAGAUAGCUGAUUCAUAUAUGCAAAAUAAGAAUAAUUAUGGAAGAUAUGAAGAUAAGGAUAACUCAAGUCAAGAUUUUGGGAAAAUUAAGUAUAUUCAUUCUUUAGCAUACUAUGACCCAUUAGUGAAUUAGAAGAAAAUAAAAAAGAGAGGUGGACAGGAAGAAGGAAACGAUGUUUCAUUGCAGGAUUUAUUAAAUUAAAACUAAUACUCUUUAGCAAGCAGUGUGAAUUUCAAUUAUUCUAUUUCAAAUUAUAGUUCAUCUAAGAAACAAUAACGUAAAUUCAAUGCUACCUCUUCGAAUUAUGAGUAUUCUGAGAAACUCCAAGAAAGAGUAGAAGAUCGUCUUCUAAAAAUGGGACAUAAAAAAGAAGAAAAGCUGCAAAAACUAAGAAUAGAAAGAGACUAGUAAUUCUUACAAAUGACAAGAACGAAAUCUCCUGAUAAAAAUUUAUAUAGACAAAAGUAGACUAAUUAUUAAGAAUAUCAGUCGAUGACUCACUAAAGCUUAGAUCAAAAUCAAAUGUUUUAACAAGUGGGAGCAUCUUUGGAUAGUUAAUUUUUUCAAAGCUACAUUUAGGGUCAAUAAUAAGAUGCAAUUCAAAACUAAAAAUACUAUCAGCAACAACUUAAGAGUUUAUCACAGAGCUAGAAUUUUAGAGAAACAGAAAACUCUAGCAAUUAUUUAUAAAACUAAACGAUGCCUCUCAAAUUAGAAUAAACUUAUGAUAAAGAAUUUAAUGAAUAAAUUAUUCAGAAUGAAGCAUAUUAAAGACUUUAAGGUAAAAAACAGUUGAAAUAUCAAUUUAAGCCUAAUAUCUUCAGUGCUUCACAAUCUUCACUGGUUGUUAACAAAAGAGAUGAGAUAAAAUAAAAUUAUUUAAAAUAAACAAAACAAUUUUUUUCUGUAAAUAAUACUUCGUAGCUUUAACAAACUUAGGUAAAUAAAAAUAGUAAUGGAAACUAAAUUUCAAGCAAGUUAAACAGCAAUAAUGUAUUAAGUAACUCUUCUUCCCCUAGAACAGUAUUGUUCCAAAGAUAAAAUGUAGAUGAAAAUGGAUAAAAUAAUUAGCCUACCAAUUAAAAUAAAUAAAUCUAUUUUAACCAAUAGUAAUAAAUGAGAGAUGAUAAAAGUAAAGUUAUCAGUACUCUUUAUGAUAGUGCUUAAAGACAGAGAUAGGAACAGUAGAUAAAAGAAUAGGAAGAAUUAAAUUUAUAAUAAUAAUAAUAUUACUAAAGUUACGUUAACCUUACACCACAGCAAGUUAAAAAUAAUAAUGAACAAAUAAAUUUCUACUAAGCCAAUCAAGUUUAACAAUCAAUCCCAAAAGAAUUCUCAUUCAAUUAAUCAGGAUUAUUAUAUAGCGCUUUCUAAGAAAAACCUUCUUCUGAUAAAAUGCUUUUUUACAGCGAUAAAGUAUAAGACUUAAAACUCCUUCAAAAUUAUUCCCCAAACUUCAAAUCAAAAUAUGGAGCAAAAUAUAUAACUCAAGCAGGUAAUAAUGAGUAUAAUGUGAGAGAAUAUAUUAGAAAAAUAGCUUAAGACUGUAAAUAAAAUACAUAAUUCAGCAAUCAAAAAGAUUACUAUCAAUAAAACUAAUGA